AUUUCACUUUUUGCAUGGGCGUAGGAUCGCGCCGCCCUGUCGAACUCUUGUGCGUGCCAUGUGGCUUGCCAGCAAGUAUUGUUGAGUAGCAGAUGCGUCAUGGACAUAUUUAGAAAGAGGAGGCACGCGGCCCAAGCGGCCGCGCCUUCCGCAAUGCCCGGGAAUGCGCUGAGGGUAGUGUCGCCGACCGACUUUCGGAAGGACUUGGGUGAAGAGUUGCAUGAUGGCAUUAAGGCAACGGCGCUGCGGCCAGCGGGGAGCUCCAGCGUGUCGGCCAUGGCGGACGAGGGUCAGCGGCUUCGCGACGGCAGGCGUUCGCAGCUUCGCCUGUAUCAAUUCAAGCCUGGAGUCGAUCAGGCCACUCAGGACGGCGUGCGGCGGAGCAUAUCCGUCGCUGUUGGGGCAAUGAGCCGAGAAUACAGCGGCGCCGCCGGCGUGGCUCUGGCGUCAGGCGUGGCUUUGUUCAGUGCGAAUGCGACGGGCAACAGCUGUGCGCUGGACGCGGACGUGAAGGCGCAACUUGCGCGAAUGGAGCUGUCCCAGCGAGCCGGGGUUCAGCAGCACUACCAAGCAGACCUUACGGAGUGCCUGGAGGUUCUGCCGGCGCUGCACGGCUGUGGCGAUGCGUUGCUGGCUGCCCUGGAAGUGGUUCGCUCUGUUGUGCUGUCGGACUGCCGACUCAUCAUGGACAGUGUGGAGUCCGAAGCCCAGCUGCUGGCGCAACUCGGCAUUACAAUGGCUGACCUGAACGCAAUUGCAGCCGCAGCAGCAGCGCCACGGCCAGCUGAGCUGUCCAUUGAGGAGGCUGCGCAGCGAACACCGGAACAGGUCAAGGCGGAUGAGGCGGCGAAGCAGGCUCGAGAAUUUCCGGACCAGGUCAUGGCGGUCACGGCAGCGUCGCGCCAGGUACCCGUGCUGGUGACUCAAACCAGUGUGGAUGAACACGGCGCAGUUUGCGCGCAUGCAUCCCUGUACACCGGUGGCUCUGUCUUGCCGACCUGCAAUCCUGGGGGCAGCUGCGGCCGAGGCGAUAGUUGGCGUCGUCUCGGCGCUACGCCAAUAGCAGCGAACGGCGGGUGUGCUGCAGCCUCGGCGGUUGGUGGGGGCGGCGGCGGCGCGCCGGUGCAGCAGCAGCAGCAGCAGCAGCAGCAACACGUGGUGGACGCAUCGGAGGUCAGCUACGUGACCAUCUGGCGUGGCCAUGCGUACAGCGGGGUUCCGGUGGGCGGCAGCAUCUCUUUCCUGCUGCCGGCCUUAGAGAUCGUGUCGCAGUCGGCCUGCAAGGAGCUGGGAAUGCCGUUCCAUAUGGGCUUGGUUCCUGCCGAGGCUCGCCGGUAUCUGGAGGAGGUGUCGCUGCCAAUCUACGUAAACGAGGGCCGUGUCGAAGCCCUGGCUCCCGGUCCAGCUCGUGGCUUCCUGGAGGACGUCGGGCUGAAGGUGCCGGUGGAGUCGGUGCUGGCACCUGACGGUCAUCAGCGAAGCGGCGGUGCUCGCGGUACCGCAACGGCACCGGUAGGCCUGGACUCCAACGACCUACCCGGCCCAAGCUUCUACGUACGCGUGGGUGGCGGCGGCACCGCGGCCGCAGCUGCGGACUCAUUCCUGGGCGGUAUGGGCGGUGCUGGAGGCAGCAGAUUCCAGGGCCUUCCCGACGAGGAUCCUGGGAACAUUCCUGCACAUCGGCAGUGCUACAUUACAGCGCGGGAUCGCGUCCGGCUGGGGCCCUCGAGCUGUGCCGCGGCCCCACUAAACACUGUGGCUGGUGGCAACACUGGGAAGCGGCAUCGCGAGGUGGCUGGUGCUCUACAGCAGAUCCCGCGCGUGGAGCGUGCUGCCGGCAGUCCAAAGGCACCUAAGCUGCACCACGGUGCACGCACGUCGCCACGUGCCGCGGGAGAUGUGGCGGCUGCGCGGGAAGCAGACUGUGAUAUGGUCGGCAAUGGUGGUGUCGCUGGUGCGUAUGGAGGCUAUGACGAUGACAACGCUGCGCACUUCAACGCCGCGCAAAGCGGCGGGAAUGACCUGGCGGCUGCAGCCGGUGGUCACGACCAGGUGCACAUGGACAGCUGCAGUCUGUCGGAUGUAGACAGUGCCGCUCAUGGCGGCGAGGACAGGGACUACUGCAAGCGGCAGCGUCGGCGGCGGAAGCGCCAGUCCAAGACAUUAUCCAAUGGCAAACCGGGUGAGUGCGUUAGCGGGCGGGGCGGGUUGUGUAGCGGUGGCGUGGGUAACGAUGAGUCGUGUGUGUGUGAUGAUAAAGCGCUGGCGGAAGUGGUGAGGAGUCCAUACAAGAUAGCCAAGCGGCGCUGCGUGAGAAAGCGCGUGUUUUUGCGCAACUUGUGGUAAACGCGCCGUUCUCAGCGGCAACGGCUAAGGGCCGCGAGAAUGAGGCUGCGGCGUGGAAGACAUACAAUGAGGUGUGCGCGCGUGAGUUCUGGCAUGAGAAACCAGAGAAUAAGGGUAGGUGGCCCUUGCCAGUUCGCCAAUGGUGUGAGCUGCUUGUUAUGUUGCGUCGCAAGUACGGGUCGUACAACGCCUUUUGCAACGCUAUCAAUAUGGUAUGCAAAGUUGGUAGCAAGGCCGCCCACAAUGUGCAUAUAGCUGAAUGUCAGCGCGCUGGCGUUGACGUUGGGAGUAUGCAAGGAGUACGGGACUUUGAUCCGCGGGUCAUUUAUCAGGCGCAGCAUCGCAGCACUAUGGAUUUGGUCAGGAGGGACUCAGGUGUGCAGGUCAAGCAUACGGAAUAUAUCAACAUGGAGGAAGCGCGGAACGGGCACAAAUUUACUGACCAUACCUCAUUGCCAGGGCUGCAAGAGAGUGCAUGCUGGAACAUGGAAAACUUGAGCGGCGGGCGGCGGCCCCGCAGCAUUGCCGCUCUGCGUGUUCGCCAUUUGCGGUGGACUGUUACCAGCGUGAAGCAUAGCUCGGGUAACUCGUGGCUUGCUCCGAGCCUGACAUAUGAAUUUGUGGAUGAGAAAUUUAUGGACAAGCGGGGUGCUCGGGGUGUGAAUGAGAACUUUGAUCAUUUUGAAAAUUUUGAGCGUGAUGGAUCGCUCAGCUCUGCGGUGUACCUGUAUGCGUUAUUUAAGGCACGGGGCCUGUUUGAACAGGAGGAUCCGUUGAGUAGUUUGCGUGCGGGUGAUGUAAUCAGUACGCACGCGUGGGCACAAGAUUAUUUUGUGUAUUGCCGUAUGGAGGGGGAUGUGUUCUUUGACGCUGAGCCUCUUUCAACACAGUCAAUUUCGGAUAAGACCCGCAACAUUUUGCGACGUAUGGGCCGUACAGUACGUGGUGGUCGAGCACACCGUCAUGGCGCGUACACCCGACCGCAAAUGAUGAACUUGUUGAGCAACAGUGGCGUGGGGUUAGAUCCAAAGACUGAGGGGCCGAUUUUGCGAGCUGCUGGAUGGAGUUCGGUGCAUGGUGGUGCAACCACGCGUACAACAUAUGAAAGCGUAUUGCUUGAUCGGCAUGUGAACUGCUUCGGCCUGUUCUAUGGCAUCAACAUGGAAGACGCUGUUUGGCAGGCUCGGUUGCAGGACUGGUUGGGGAAGGAUGUUGCGCCGGCGGCACCAAUCCAUCACCGCAAGUGUCGCACCCAAUUGCCGCUGAUAGUCCGACUUCGUGCGUUGCACACGCAGCGUGUGAAUGACCUGCGGCGCAGGUUAAAUGAUGUUGGGGUACGCCUGAUGCAGGAAGGAUUGUACGGUAGGACAACUCGUGUGGUGCUGGCUCAACGCGAGUGCUCUGUCCAUGACGCAUGGUGCCGUGUGUUAAAGCAUGGUGCGCGUGGCGACUUGGGUCAGGACAUGGUGGCCCAGGUACGGUCGUACAAUGACCUGCGCCGGGAGUACAAAAGUGCAAGUGCGCAGGCUAUUGAUGCGGAGCGGCAUGCCUUUGUGGCGUCCUUUUUAGACGCGUGUGAUGCGGUUGGCGUUGCUGUGCCAGUGCGCGGUAACGGUGCGCGGCUGGCAUCAGAGGUGGUGUCCGACCAUGCUGCAAUAGUGAGCAUUGCCCGGGAAUACGCUUUAGAUGUCGCACUCCUGCCGGCACAAAUUAAUCAGGUUGUUAUGGGCGAGGAGCCUUCCAGUGUGUUUGUAUUGCAUCACAAGUGGGGUGUGUACUUGUUUCGUCGGCGCGGAUUGCUUGGCAAAGGUUCGCAAAGCACUUGAUUGAUGCAAAGGGGCAGUGAAUCGAUAUGUCCGUAAUAGCAGCGGC